ACUGAGAUGCAAAUGACCGCGUUACCAGGACCAAUGCCAGCCGAUGAGGACGCACCGCUCUAUAUUCAGUACUGGCUUCCAGCACUUCUUGGACUGCUGCUGGUGAUCCUCCUGGUGGCGCUGUUUCGGCGAAGCCGACGGUCGCGCCAAACCUCGGCCGAAUUGAAACUGAGGAGUGAAGCAAGAUCUGCAGGUGUCUACUACUCUCCAUGCAGUGACUCUGGACCGCUUGAUGUCAAUCUUACUGGGGAAGUCACCAUUGGAGAUGCUCCAACCCUCCUGAACCCGUCUUACGAGCGAAACAUAGCAGGCACGGAACUGGAGAGAAGUGGUGACUUCUUCUGCCCUCCCAUGAGCGACACCCCGAACCAAUUAAAGGCCAAGGGCCGGGUGCGUUCACCGGGGCACCCGGGGGAGGUUCACGGCAAUCCCCCGGCUCUGCUCGGCAACUUCAACGUCGCGUUCUCAGAGGGCAACUACAGCGAUGUUUCCCCGGAACAAGCAAGCAGCGAACACUCGCCUAUACCAGACGCUGGCUAUGACAAUCCAGGCGGGUUUGUCGGACCUAAUGGAGGUCAGACGGAACCCCUAAAGCAUCCGCGGAAAAAUCCCAAGUCGCAGCCAGGGCAUGGUUACGAAGAACCCAUGUGCGAGGGACAGAGGUCACCGUUUGAGGGGGCACACAACCCGGUCGCUUACGAAGUCGCCUCGAUAUCGCCUCGGGGGAGUCUGUCGACAUCGCCCAACCCCGACACUUCGUACGAAGUAGCGUCAAUCAACCCGGCCGGGCAGCUUGAGGCUGCGCCGAGGUACACAAAGGUUGAUAAGAGUAGUGGGGUACUUGGCCCGGUCAGUGGGGAGAAAAGUCCAGGGGCUGACUCGGGCUACGAAGUGGCAAGCAUCUCCCCUGGAAAUUCCCCCGCAUCCGCAAGUGCCAAGCUACGCUAUGACUACGCUUACGCUUACACCUCCCCUGCGGGGUACCCGCUAGGGAAGCCCUCCCAAGUUAACCAGUACAACGUGGUCCAACCUCAGUGCAAGGAAGGCGACGGCGAAUACUCAAUGCUAAGUCGGAAUAAGGGAGAAGGGUACCCGACCAGCCCUACCGUACCGAUCAUAAUGUCCGUCAAUGAGUACAAUACAAUUCACAUUCCUUCCAAGAAUUGAAAGUAAAAUAUAGUGUUUUAGGUUUAUAACACGCGCGCCUUUAAAACGCAAAGUUCGCUUAAAUGGUUCAGGGGUUGAAAAACUUUGAAUAUGAUGUCAAUUUUGUUUUUAUAAAAUUUUAUCAUUAAUUUAAAUAAACGUUUUCUUAUAAAAGUGCGCAAUUUUUUUUCAGCAAUCCUAUAUUUUUAUUCAUCAAUGCCAACCAUUAAGACUUCAAUUUGCAACAGCAUUAGUAAAACAUAUUUAAAUAUUCGAUGAACAAAAAUGACUAGUAAAAUGCAUAAUUAUUAUUCAUAAAUUCAUGAUAAAAAUUGUGCAAGCUGAAAACUGUAUAGAUUGCUUUAAAUUCGUAAUGCAUUAUUAAAAAUUCGAUGAACAAACACAAAUAGGUAAAAUGCAUACUUUAUUCAUGAAUUCUGAAGACAAAAAUGCAGGCUUCGGACUUUGUCCAAUUAAAGAAGUAACGAAACUUGAUUGUUGCGAAGAAUUAUACUUUUCAAAUUUCAAUAAUUUCACAUUUUUAAAGAUGAAACAAAGAAAACGCUGUUACUUGAAACCAUCGAUUAUAUAAGGAAAUAAGAGCCAUAUUGUAAAUGAAUGUAAGCAAAAACAUUAUGAAUAUAAUUCAGUUUGACUGUCGUAAGUCUCUAAAAUAAUAAUUUGAAUAUGUUUCAAACUUGUAAAUGUUACGAAAAACGGUAACACUUUGCUUUAAAUAGAACAGUACUGCUUGUAAUGGACAGUUUUCAGAUAAAGAAAGCGUCAUUGUCACCUUGUGUAUAGAGUUCUAGUUCAGCUGAAGUAUGACUGCAUAGAAAAUAAUUGGCAAUAAAACAAGAAGGCUGGGAAA